AUUUGUAUUAUUGAUAGCAUGUUGUAAGGCGACUCGACUAUUUUGAAGCUAAGUGAAAUUUUAUAUUGAAACGCAAAGUUGAAUACGUGAGCAGUAUAUGAAAAUCGGUGAAUGCAGUGACUUCAUUAGUCAACCGAAAGCAAAAAAGAGCGAAAUACAUUUUUUAAACAAACUAAACUAAAAUUUCACUGUGAAUAAUGAUGACUGAAAAGUUAAAUUCUGGGCACACUAAUUUAACAAGCAAGGGGAUUAUAAAUGAUCUUCAAAUUGCUGGAAACACAAGUGACGAUAUGGGCUGGAAAUCAAAGCUGAAGCUGCCGCCAAAGGACAACCGAUUCAAAACAACUGAUGUGACCGAUACGCGAGGCAAUGAAUUCGAGGAGUUUUGCCUUAAAAGAGAACUGCUUAUGGGUAUAUUCGAGAAGGGAUGGGAGCGCCCUUCGCCAAUUCAGGAAGCAGCUAUUCCUAUAGCUUUAAGUGGAAAAGAUGUGCUGGCUCGAGCCAAGAACGGCACAGGCAAGACAGGAGCCUACUGCAUCCCAGUUUUAGAACAAAUAGACCCAACCAAGGACAAGAUUCAGGCCCUUGUGAUGGUCCCCACCCGAGAGUUGGCGCUACAAACCUCACAGAUAUGUAUUGAGCUGGCGAAACAUCUUGAUAUCCGGGUAAUGGUCACAACGGGAGGUACCAUUCUAAAGGAUGACAUUCUUCGUAUUUAUCAAAAAGUACAAUUAAUUAUUGCAACUCCCGGACGAAUAUUAGAUCUGAUGGAUAAGAAAGUUGCCGAUAUGUCGCAUUGCAGAAUAUUAGUUUUGGAUGAGGCCGAUAAGCUAUUGUCGCUUGAUUUUCAAGGCAUGCUGGAUCAUGUUAUACUAAAGUUACCAAAGGAUCCACAGAUCUUGCUAUUUUCCGCAACAUUUCCACUAACAGUCAAGAAUUUCAUGGAGAAGCAUUUACGCGAGCCUUACGAGAUCAACCUGAUGGAGGAGCUAACACUAAAGGGUGUCACUCAGUACUAUGCAUUCGUACAGGAGCGCCAGAAAGUACACUGCUUGAAUACGCUGUUUUCGAAGCUACAAAUCAAUCAGUCUAUCAUAUUCUGCAAUUCCACGCAACGUGUCGAGCUAUUGGCCAAAAAGAUCACAGAGCUUGGAUAUUGCUGUUACUACAUACACGCUAAGAUGGCCCAGGCACACAGAAAUCGAGUGUUCCACGAUUUCCGCCAAGGACUCUGUCGCAAUCUGGUGUGCUCCGACCUGUUCACCCGUGGUAUCGACGUGCAGGCCGUGAAUGUAGUAAUCAAUUUCGAUUUCCCUCGAAUGGCAGAGACAUACUUGCAUCGAAUUGGUCGCUCAGGACGUUUCGGUCAUUUGGGUAUUGCUAUUAAUUUGAUAACAUACGAGGAUCGGUUUGAUCUGCAUCGGAUUGAAAAGGAACUUGGAACCGAAAUAAAGCCUAUUCCGAAGGUCAUAGACCCCGCCCUUUAUGUCGCAAACGUUGGCGCAUCCGUUGGCGAUACUUGCAACAACAGUGAUCUGAAUAAUUCUGCGAACGAGGAGGGCAACGUUAGCAAAUAAAACGGAUAUGCCCUUGUGUAACGCUAGGAUCUGAAAUAGAGUCUAAAUCGUGGAAUCAAUAAAAACAGAUGAACUAUUUCAGAAAUCAAAAUUGUAUUAAAUAAAUGGAAAGCAAUUCAA